AUGUCUUCCACAAUCAACACCAGCACCGGCAACCAGUCCGUCGACCCCUACAAGUCCAAGAGCGCUGAAGACCCUCCUCUGGAGCAGAAGAUCGAGGAUCUAGUUGACUUCAUCUCCGAAACAAAAUAUGGCAUGCUGACCACGAAGAUGUCCGACUCGGACCUGUUGACAUCGAGAUGCAUGGCGUUAGCCGGCAAGGAACACGGCGGCAUUGACCUCAUCUUCCACACCAAUCUUUUCGCAGGCAAAACCCUCGAUCUGUCCGUGCAUCCGCAAGAAACCAACAUGUCCUUCCUGGACCAAGUGACCGGCUCCUGGGCGUCCAUCUCCGGCACGGCACAUAUCAUCGCUGAUCAGGAAACGGUUCAGAAGUAUUACACGCCGACCCUUGCGGCUUGGCUGGGUGACCUGGGCGACGGAGUACAUGACGGCGGCCCGACCGAUCCUCGCAUCGGUGUGAUCAGGCUCGAAGCCAAGCUGGCGACAUACUCCCUCGCUCGACGGGGCAUGUUCGGUAGAGCGGUGGAGACUAUCAAGAGCGCUGCAAAGGGAGAUGUCGCGGUCGUUAACAGCAUCCGGGAGUUGAGUACGGAAGAGUUGGCCGAAUGGCGCCGCAGCCAUAAAUAA